UCGUCAUCCUCUCUCUUUGGUCUCUUUAUUCUGCUGAGCGGUGCUGUUAGGAUUUCUUUUUUUUCCCCUGACCACGUUCGCGAUGCAUUGUAGGAAACUGUUACUACAUUUUUACUGGAAAUACUAUUUUUCAUUUUGAUUUUGCUUUGAAGGGUCCAUCCUUUUUCCCAUUCAAUCAUCCAGAAGGAGCUGCCUCAGAAAUACUCUUCUUCUGCUUACAUGAAGAACUCUAAAUGCUAUCCAGCAGGAGGUGCUACAGCAAGAUAAAGCAAAUCUCUGAAUUUUGAGGGUCUUGCUACUUAUUACAGCUCUAUUAGCUUCGACUAAGCAACAGGAUUAACGCCUUAAAGUUCCAGAAAGAUUUUGAGGAGCAAGAGAGCUGAAGGAGAGCCUGUUUCCCCAAAAUUGGACUUCUCAGAACCUUUAAUAUGCUAAUGUGCAUUGUGAAUCUCCAAGAGGGGGAUAUGAUAUGCAGCAUUCUUGAAUACUUCUAAUGACAGGGAGCCCACUACCUCAUAAGCUGCAGUGAGAAGAGGAGUUUGUUAUUUUAAACGGAGGCUGAAGAAACUGUAGAAUUAGCAGACAGAAAGUGGAGAAGGUGGAGGAUGGAGUUGCAGACUCUACAGGAGGCUCUUAAAGUGGAAAUUCAGGUUCACCAGAAACUGGUUGCUCAAAUGAAGCAGGAUCCACAGAUAUUUUUUCUUUCCAAUCAGAAUGCUGAUUUAAAGAAACAGCUUCAUGAACUCCAAGCCAAAAUCACAGCUUUGAGUGAGAAACAGAAAAGAGUAGUUGAACAGCUCCGGAAGAACCUGAUAGUAAAGCAAGAACAACCAGACAAGUUCCAAAUACAGCCAUUACCACAAUCUGAAAACAAACUACAAACAGCACAGCAGCAACCACUGCAGCAGCUACAGCAACAACAGCAGUACCACCACCACCACGCCCAGUCGGCUGCACCCUCUCCCAACCUGACUGCUUCACAGAAGACUGUAACUACAGCUUCUAUGAUUACCACAAAGACACUACCUCUCGUCUUGAAAGCAGCAACUGCGACCAUGCCUGCCUCUGUUGUGGGCCAGAGACCUACCAUUGCUAUGGUGACCGCCAUCAACAGUCAGAAGGCUGUGCUCAGCACUGAUGUGCAGAACACACCAGUCAACCUGCAGACGUCUAGUAAGGUCACUGGGCCUGGGGCAGAGGCUGUCCAAAUUGUGGCAAAAAACACAGUCACUCUGCAGGUUCAAGCAACACCUCCUCAGCCCAUCAAAGUACCACAAUUUAUCCCCCCUCCUCGACUCACUCCACGUCCAAACUUUCUUCCACAGGUUCGACCCAAGCCUGUGGCCCAGAAUAACAUUCCUAUUGCCCCAGCACCUCCUCCAAUGCUUGCAGCUCCUCAACUUAUCCAGAGGCCCGUCAUGCUGACCAAGUUCACCCCCACAACCCUCCCUACCUCCCAGAAUUCCAUCCACCCCGUCCGUGUCGUCAAUGGACAGACCGCAACCAUAGCCAAAACGUUCCCCAUGGCCCAGCUCACCAGCAUUGUGAUAGCUACUCCAGGGACCAGACUCGCUGGACCUCAGACUGUACAGCUUAGCAAGCCAAGCCUUGAAAAACAGACAAUUAAAUCCCACACAGAAACAGAUGAGAAACAAACAGAGAGCCGUACCAUCACUCCACCUGCUGCACCCAAACCAAAACGGGAGGAGAACCCUCAGAAACUUGCCUUCAUGGUGUCUCUAGGAUUGGUAACACAUGACCAUCUAGAAGAAAUCCAAAGCAAGAGGCAAGAGCGCAAAAGAAGAACAACAGCAAAUCCAGUAUACAGUGGAGCAGUCUUCGAGCCAGAGCGCAAGAAGAGUGCAGUCACAUACCUGAACAGUACCAUGCAUCCUGGGACCCGGAAGAGAGGUCGUCCUCCAAAAUACAAUGCAGUGCUGGGGUUUGGAGCCCUUACCCCAACAUCCCCCCCAUCCAGUCAUCCUGACUCCCCCGAAAAUGAAAAGACAGAGACCACAUUCACUUUCCCUGCACCUGUUCAGCCUGUGUCCCUGCCCAGCCCCACCUCCACAGACGGUGAUAUCCAUGAGGAUUUUUGCAGCGUUUGCAGGAAAAGUGGCCAGUUGCUUAUGUGUGACACAUGUUCCCGUGUGUAUCAUCUGGACUGCUUAGACCCUCCUCUGAAAACGAUUCCCAAGGGCAUGUGGAUCUGUCCCAGAUGUCAGGACCAGAUGCUGAAAAAGGAAGAAGCAAUUCCAUGGCCUGGAACUUUAGCAAUUGUUCAUUCCUAUAUCGCCUACAAAGCAGCAAAAGAAGAAGAGAAACAGAAAUUACUUAAAUGGAGUUCAGAUUUAAAACAAGAACGAGAACAACUAGAGCAGAAGGUGAAACAGCUCAGCAAUUCUAUAAGUAAAUGCAUGGAAAUGAAGAAUACCAUCUUGGCCCGGCAGAAGGAGAUGCACAGCUCCCUGGAGAAGGUAAAACAGCUGAUCCGCCUCAUCCACGGCAUCGACCUCUCCAAACCUGUAGACUCUGAGGCCACUGUGGGGGCCAUCUCCAACGGCCCGGACUGCACCCCCCCUGCCAACGCCGCCACCUCUACGCCGGCCCACUCCCCCUCCUCCCAGAGCUGCACAGCGAACUGUACCCAGGGGGACGAGACUAAAUAACAGAGCCCCGAGAGGAGAAGCCACAGGAUCCCGGCGGCGAGGAGAGCAAAAACACUGAAGACUCUAGAAAAGCAAAGCCGGAUUUCUUCUGGAAAGUACAGAAUUCUUUUGGUUCUUUGGUUCCAGAGAGAGAGAAGAUGCUUGUGCCAGGUGGCACCAGAGUUUGCCAAUUGAUCCUUCUUAUUCUGUGUGUACAUGCAAAGAUUGGACCAUGUUACAUGAAAUAGUGCCAGCUGGAGGUUCUUUGCCAGCACCAUGCCAAGUGAAAUAAUAUAUUUACUCUCUCUAUUAUACACCAGUGUGUGCCUGCAGCAGCCUCCACAGCCACCAUGGGUUUGUUUUUGUUUUGUUGGGUGGGGAGCAGGGACGGGCGGAGGGAGGAGAGCAGGUUUCAGAUCCUUAUUUGCCGAGCCGUUUGUUUAGGUAGAGAAGACAAGUCCAAAGAGUGUGUGGGCUUUCCUGUUUCUAAACUUUCACUACUAUAAAACCAAAAAAAAGGAAAUCGAGAUUUAACCAACCCCAGUGCCCAGAGGAGGGAUGGGAGGGAAGGGGAGGGAGCCGGGGUGGGAAAAGUCUAUCAAAUAAGCAGUAUUUCCUAUUGUCUGGUGUGGGGCACAGUGCACGGAGGAGGACAGCCCUGAGGUCCUUCUGCGCAUUCCACUUCCCGCCGCGGGCGCCCCCACCACUCCCCCGAGUUCCUUCCCUGCUUUGGCAAAUUGGCGCGCAUCCCCGCGGAUGAUCCGGUUACCUUCCCUCUCAGGCAACAGGCAGAGGCCACCCCCCCUGGCCGUUGCCAGAGCAGGGAAGAAGGGUGUGUGUGUGUCCAGGAAGGAAAAAAAGGUGGAUCAGUGAUUUUUACUUGAAAACAAGCUCCAUCCCUUUUCUAUAUUUAUAAGAAGAGAAGAUUCUGAGCGAAGCAGCACGCGACCCAGGUGUGUGUGAAUUGAAUGGAGAUGUUUCUUUUCUCUCUUUUUUUUAAUUUUUGUUGUUUUGUUUUGUUUUUUUCUUUAAGAAAAAGUUUUAUUUUGUUUCUUUUACUUUUUUGGUAACAAAAACUAAAAUAAGGAAUAGAAAAGCUGUUUUUCAGGCUGACAGUCAAUUAAGGGUAGUCGAGGCCGUGCAUGGUAGACUAGGAAUCAUAGUGUCAGUGAGGUCCAGUGAGUCUGUGUGAGUCCUUGUGUCAUCGUUUGGGGCACUGUUUUUUAUGCAAGGGCAAAAAUCUUUGUAUCUGGGGAAAACAACAACAACAACUUUUUUUUAAAUUAAAAAGGAAAAUAAAAGAUAUUGAGGUCUUCCUAGUGUUACUUAAAUUAAGAUCAAGGUAAGAAACAUUGUAAAAAAAAUUACAAAAGUGCUAUUUGUUUCCUAAAAACAGUGAUUUCUAUUAAAAAGGUGUCAGAACUGGAGAAAA